AUUGAUGAACAAAAUAUGCGAAGACAAAAUCGUUCCGACAGUGUUAAUGUGUUAGAAUCUCGAAAGGAUAUUGUUGGAAAAUCUGAGAAAAAGAAGAGCAAGAGGGUUAUAAUGGAUGCUGAUCAAGGUAAGAGAAAAUGUGUCGUGGAGGACGAAGUAAAUUUGGGUGUCAAGCCAAAAAAAAAAACAAGGUUCAGAAGGCAGAAAAAGUUAAAAUUCCUGACAAAGUUUGUAAGCCUUGGAAGCUCUAUAUUCCAGUUGGUGAGCCGUUUCCUGUUACUCAUUGGUCAUCAUACACUAAUGUGGACAUUGUAUCGGUUUUACGGUCAAAGUUGACUGAUGUCCAGCUUCGGAUGUUUAGGGAAAGCUGUUUUGGCUAUUUCCUCGAU